AUGCUCUUGACAUUACGCUUCGCGGCGUUGCAGAAAGAGAAUGGGGUCUCGGAUGAUGAUUUCUUGGAUGAUGAUUUCGAGAGUGAUUCUGUCGAUAUCGACGACGGAAAUAGCGCCUUGAAGGGCAAUGACCUAGGAAGGCUCUCCGACAUCGACUCCCAGGCAGAUGUCACUAUGAAAAACAUGGACAACGAGGAUAAUGCAGGGGACACUAUGGAUCUUGAUGAUGACGUCGUCGUGGAUGAUAUCCCAAUCCCCGACACGGACCUUGAUCUCGAGGAUGUCCCAAGACAAUGCGAUCGCCUCGCAGCUGAGAAUGACACUUUCCUAAAAAGGAUCAUCGAAUCUGGAGCCUACCAGUUUUCGCGAGAACUCGGUGAUAUGCCUCGAGCUAAAAGCUUAUCGUCAUCUAAGUCGAGCUCCUUGCGGAGGCUUAAAGUAGUAACAGAGGGUACCCAGAAUAUCCACAUAAUCCUCGUACCGGGAGUAGGGACCCUUGCUUGUGAUUCCUGGUCCUUCUGCAAUCAGGCUUGGACCGAUGCGCUCGCACAACUGGACAUUGGGAUUACCAUGCAUUCUUACGAUUAUGAUGCGUCCCUGAGCGACCACUUUUCCUGGCAGCAUCUCCUAGAUGAGGGAGCUGAGCUUCUAAGCAAGCUUCGAGCCUUUCUAGAUAGCCAAAAGGAAUCGCAAACUAUACUGUUCAUUUGUCAUGGCCUUGGCGGUGCUAUCGCAAAAGAGGCUCUCUAUCUCUCUAGAACAGCAGACAGCCAGUACCCCGACCUCUUGAACGUUGUGGCCGGCAUUGUGUUCCUUGGUACUCCGCACCGCCUCGAAGGAGGCGAUGAGGAACUUGGUGAUCGAUUCACCCGCAUUCUAAAGCUUGACAUCAACAAUGGCACGGCAUUAAGUAGCGAUCCUUGGACGCUCUCUUACGUUAAUACCAAAUCAAGCCCAGGACAUAAAUCUCACGUGGCUCUCCUGGAGUUCUUUUCUGUGGAACAACGUGACCCCAAAAUACCUUGUUUCAUGAUGGACACAUAUGUGAGGAACAAAGACUUCUACGGAAGACAGGAUGUUCUAAGCAAACUUGAUGAUCGCCUUCUCCCUUCAAAAGAUACGCUGCCAUCUUCGCAGUCCGAUCAAAUACGCGUGGGAAUAUUGUGCGGCAUGCCUGGUUUAGGGAAAACAGAAAUCGCUUUGGAAUACGCAUUUACUCGAAAAAAGAACUUCGAUGCGGUUUUUUGGAUCCGAGCCGAUGAUGUAUCCAAACUUGAAUCGGACUUCGCCCAGAUCGCUAUCAAAUUAGAAAUCCAGGACUCCAGAGAGCCAGACGACAAGAUCAACAAUAGAGCGCUCGCAAUUGAAUGGCUUCGCAACCCGUUCAAGACAGACUGCGGUACUGGGAAUCAAUUACGAGCUUCCUGGCUGGUUGUGUUCGACAAUGCCGACGAUCCUGAUAUCCUGAAGCCAUAUCAUGAAAUCGCUAGUAGCGGAGCAGUCUUGAUCACCAGCCGGAGCCCCCUCGCGAGAACAGCCCUCUCGCAACAUGCGAUCUCUGUCGAUGUUCAACCGUUUAAUCUAGAAGAUUCUGGAUUGUUUGUUCAAAAAUUUACAGGGAUCCAGGGCCGGCUUGAAGAAGCAAGACAGGUCGGUGACCGACUAGGUGGGCUGCCACUUGCGCUCGCCCAGAUGGCUGGCAUAAUUAGGCUCGACCUUUUAACAUAUACUGAGUUCAUGAGACUUUACGAUGCUGGAGAAAUCCACAAGAUGGAGGUUCAACAACUGCAGUUGCCAGCUUGUAGUAACUUGUCAACAGUCUUAGAGAAGCUGUCAGAUGCUGCCCGUGCAGUUUUGGAAGUUUCAUCGUUUUUGGAUCCAGACAGUAUCCAGGAGAGGAUCUUGAUGAAACAUACUACUAUUAUAGAUAUGCCCUCGUAUCCUGAGGAUGAAGUUGCCUUUUUUAAUGCUCGGAAGCAACUGAUCGGGUCUUCUAUUUUUCGUCAUAACCAGGACACGGCUGAGUAUUGGAUGCAUCGUGUUACGCGAGAUGGUGUGCGUGUCCAAAUCGAACCCGAGCGGCAACGAAGGGUAUUUUUAAACGCGGUCACCAAGGUCGCAGCGGCCUGGCCGGUUAGAGAAGUUGAAAGUCAUGAUGUCAACCUAUGGGAGGAAUCUAGAGCACUCUACCCGCAUGUCAUCAGCCUGGAGAACGCAUAUAAGAAACACUUCAAGCAUAAAGAAUAUGUUGACAGUGACUUCGAGUUUGCUAGACUUCUCAAUCGCGCUGGAUGGUACCAACACGAACGCGGCGAAUCGCCUAUCAUAAAGCCUUUAUUGGAAUUGGCCCUAGAGCUUUGCAAUCGUAGUAAAGAAAUCGAUCACCAAGACUUGGAAUCCGACAUUCGGCACACACUUGGUGCAGUCGCCAGCGGGACAAAUGACGCAGCCAGCAGCAUGGACCAUAAUAAAAAGGUCCUUGAGAUACGCUUAAAGAUAGCAGAGAAGCUGGGAGCAGUGGACGAGAAACUCGCAAGCGCUUAUAACCAGAUGGAAUCUUUUGCGACGUCUGCACGGGAGUACGAGAAAAUCCCGGACUACAGCAAAGACAAGCGUUCUUUGGCCCUUGUGAACCUUGGGACGACGAAGUGGCUUCAGGGGGACUUGACACAGGCGUCUAAAGUGCUAGAAAUGGGCCUCGCAGAUCGAGUAGAAAAAUAUGGAGACAUGGACAUCCAUUGUUUCAGGACCGGUCGCUUUCUCCACGCACUUGGAAACGUGCGGUUCUCUCAGGGUCGAAUCAAGGAGAGUGAAGAUUUCCAUCGACGGGCCCUUCAGCAAUACCAGUCAACCAUCCGCAACCGCCAUCAUCGAACUGCAGAUGUCUGCCACAAAAUGGCCCAGCAUUGCCUUCGCAACGGGCUUCUUGACGACGCCAUCGGAUUCAUCGAUCAGGCCCUCAAGAAUUGGAGCGUCGACUCAGCAACAUAUGCUCGGGAGAUAUCGCGGACUUCAUACCUCAAGUCUAAGGUGCUUUCAGAAGCUAGGCAGGAGGAUGAGGCAAGAAAAUUGCUAGGGGAGGCAGCAUCCAUGCGGCACAAGAUCACGGGGGUGGAGAGAGACGGCAAGGACCUGCGGGAGGAAGACUUCGACGAACUUGUCACAUUCUGGUCCAGAUAG